UGCACAUUCAACUCUUCAGCUCUAGUCAGGGAAUCCAAAAUGGCGGAAUACACUGCGGUUACGGACUGCUUGUAAAUUCGUAAAACAACAAGUAAUAUCAACUAAUAAAGUUUUCAUCGCUGGAAACUGUACAAGCUGUGUAAAAUUUGAAGCUGCCUUGAAAAUGGUCAUUCAAGAGCCCGUACAGGCGGCCAUCUGGCAGUGCUUGAACCACUAUGCUUACCAAGAUGCCACCUUCCUGGCAGAGCGGCUCUAUGCUGAAGUUGGGUCUGAUGAGGGGCUGUUCCUACUUGCCACCUGUUACUACCGAUCAGGCCAGCCAAUGAGUGCCUACACCUUGCUACAAACCAAAGGCUGUCCCACUCCGGAUUGCAGGUUCCUAAUGGCGAGAUGCUGCCUGGAUCUUGAAAAGCUAGCGGACUGUGAAACUGCACUAUCAGGAUCAUCAAUACUGAAACCCAACACAUGCGAUGACAUUGUAAAUGACUUUAAAGACUCGGCACCCUAUGCAUUAUCAGUACUAGGAAAGUUGUGCAGUGAAACGGAAAGGAUAUCAAAAUCGAUUGAGGCACACAAGCUUGCCAUGAAGCACAAUCCCUUCCUCUGGAGUUCCUUUGAAGCCAUCUGUGAUCUAGGUGAGAAGGUCGAUCCCGAGAAGACGUUUCACUUUGCUUCCACGCCAACUGUCACCACCACGCCCAGUCAGCAAGACUCCUACCCUAUCCUAGACACAGAGAACAUGGGCGGGCCUGGCCACCUCAACACUUCUGCACCUGACGUAACACCAGUACCAUCAGAAACACCUCAGGACCAACUGAUAACCCAACUCUCUGGUAUCAGACCUCUACCGCUGACCACACCCGAUUUCAACAGUGACCCGGGCGUUACCCCCGACACCAUGAUUACACCCUUUACCGUGCCCAGUGCGCCCCUGUCUUCAAGGCAAUCCCAAGCCAGGAUAGGCAGAAUGCACCUCACCUCGCCCUUAACGUCACCCUAUAGUCCUCUAACGCCGAGCUUUGGUAUUUUACCUCUAGACACACCGAGCCCUACUCCUGGCAAUCCAACAUCAUUUACAGGAGACGGCAAUCUAGCUGAUGCAAAGGCACCUAUCAGAAGAGGCACAACAAGGAGAGGCCCACAGGGUAUCAAGCCGCCCGUAUUCAGCCAAUCAGGGAACAGCAGCAACACCAAAGACCCCGCCCUCACCUCAUUACACCAAAGCCCCGCCCCUGCUGGAUCUCCAGUACAACUACUCUUUCCAUCAGCUCAUGGGGUGAGAAGGAGUUCCCGUCUCUUCAGCAAUGCUAACUCAGUUAAGGAAAACACAAGUGCAACUACCAAGACCACCACAAAUAGAACAAAAACGGGUGUGAGUAAAGUGCAGAAGGGUAAGACGAGAGCAAGAACAACAAGAAGUUCUACAAUUACAAAACCACCGGACCUGGACGAUAUAACCAAGCUAGAAAAUCAGAAAUCCAAUGAACUCAAUAAAGCCAAUAAUGCAGUUGCCAAUCUGCAGCUCCAUAUCGCCGACAUGCAGAAGUCAUCAGCAGAAGGGCUUCUUCGCUUACUACGAGAUGUUGGCAAAGCCUACCAGGCGCUAAGCCGGUAUGAUCUAAAGAAAGCUGUGGAGCUCUUCAAAUCCCUUCCACCUCAACACUACAACACAGCAUGGGUGCUAUGUCAGGUUGGCAAGGCGUUGUUUGAGAUGGCUCAGUAUCACAAGGCGGAGGCAAUAUUUGCAGAAGUGCGGAGACUAGAGCCCCACCACCUAGGUUACAUGGAGAUCUACUCCACGACAUUAUGGCACUUACAGAAGGAGACUGCGCUCUCCGCCCUUGCACAGGAUCUCACAGACUUAAAUCCAGAAUCUCCUCAGGCCUGGUGUGCAGCUGGAAACUGCUUCAGUUUACAGAAGGAACAUGACUCUGCUAUCAAGUUUUUCCAAAGAGCAAUACAGGUGGAUCCCAAGUUUGCCUAUGCGUACACGUUAUUGGGUCACGAGUACGUAGCUACAGAGGAACUAGACAGAGCCAUGGCCUGCUUCAGAAAUGCUAUAAGGAUAAGCCCUAGACAUUAUAAUGCAUGGUACGGUACUGGUAUGAUCUACUAUAAGCAGGAGAAGUUUGCCCUUGCCGAGAUGCAUUACUGUAAAGCACUUGCCAUCAACCCCCAGAGCUCUGUAUUACUGGUUCAUAUCAGUGUUGUUCAACAUGCACUUCACAAGUCAGAUCAAGCCCUCGCUACCCUAGCCAAAGCCGUGCGCCUUGAUGCAAACAACCCUCUCUGUAGAUUUCACCGUGCUUCAAUAUUGUUUGCUACCGAGAAAUACCAGGAUGCCUUGAAAGAACUAGAAGAAAUGAAACAGAUGACUCCAUCAGAAUCAUUAGUCUACUUCCUCAUAGGCAAGGUUUACAAGAAACUAGGCCAGACUCAUCAAGCCUUGGCCAACUUCUCCUGGGCCUUAGACCUGGAUCCAAAGGGAGCCAAUAGCCAGAUCAAAGAAGCUCUAGACAAGCACUAUCUACCAGAGGAUGACGAACCUGCAGUCCCUGCACUAGCUCAAGCAGACACACCCAGUCAAGGAGGUAUUGAAGACUCUGACGCAGCAGGGGAUAUAUCGAGGGAAAGUUUACUCGAUGGAGAGGACAUGCAACUCCAAGCAAAUGAGAGCGACGAGAGUUUAUGAUCAUCACCAAACAUUUAAAUGCAUGCAUAGGACUAUGACGUUAGAACUUGGAUGGGAGCACCCGACAUGAAUGUCCUCUUGUGGGCCUGCAGUGUGGUGUCAUGGAAGAUGUGUCUGUCAGACUAGCCCUUGGAGAAAUAUCCAUGAAUGGGCAACUUUUGCAGGGAUUACAUCGAUGUACUCUGAUGCUAGCAAGAACAAGAGGAGCUUGAAAUUUGAAUCUCUCGUCGCUUGUGAAUCAGACAUACACAAAUCCAAACCCUCCCCCUCCCCCUUCCCAUAUCCAUCUUCCCCCUCCCUCUUCCCCCUCCCUCAGAGGGAAUCCAAGAUGGAUUGCAGGAUUUCCUAAAUCAGAAUUAAAGGUUGGGUAAUUCUUCCCCCCCCCCCCCAUAUUCUUGAUGCAUCCGGGAUUGACUACAAGAAAGACUCCCUAUGUUAUAAUCAAUUGCUAUACAACAAGAAGCUUUCACAACAUGGGAUUAUUGCAAAUUGUCAAGGAUAGCCAUUUUCAUUGCAAGAAAUUUCAGUAAAUUGCAAAAUGUAGUAUUGUCUUAACUGUAAUUCAGUAAUUACCUGGCGUAAAAGUUCUUUGGAUCUGAAAUUCUCACAAAAUUCACGAACAUUUCAUGCACGCCAAAGUAUCUGGUUUUAUAGUAGUGGUUCUAUCUAGAACAAGAAUAGAGCAAAAUGGGAUUCAGACUGAUGGAAAAUCUCCAUCUCUACCACUUUCCAUUUUUGGGUACCUCAUACAUACAACAUAAUACAACUUUUCUUAACUCACAAUGUCAUUUUGAUGAAUGAACAAAUUGAUGUAAAAGCUGCAACAUCCAUCAAAGUGACAUGCCAAAAGAUCAUUAAGGUUUUCAUGUUACUCUGCGUUUGAUUACAAUGACAGGUGUAGUUAUGCUGCUGCAAUGUAUGUUCCUGCACAAAGGAUUAUCAAAAGUACCCUCUUUGUGUAAACAGUUCAUCAUACCUUGUUUGUGUUUUACCUUUUCAAGAAGAUACAACUAUGUAGUAAUAACAAACUACUGGUAGCUAGGAUUUGUUUUCUUCCAUAACUCUCAUACCUGAUAUAUGUUGACAUUCAAAGGGCAAUCCAACCCUGUAAUAAGUUCGUUUGUAUGAAGGCAGAAACAUCAGAGAAAUAGAAUGGUGAUAGUUUAAAAUAAAUCUAACCAUUAAUAAGAAAGUUAUGAAUGUUUGAAAUAUGAGAUCACUACAGCUAUGUGGAUCUCAAAUUGGCAAUUUUGUCAUUGGAUUGUGACGUAGUGGCAGAUAAUUCUCCAGUUUGUUGUGUACACAAAUAUCACUAAGUCUGUCGGUGUUUUCCCCAAGUGCCUUCACUUUUGGGGCACUGCUCAAAACAUAUUAUGGAGAGUUUGUUGUUACAGGUUCUCUUAAAAGAAAAAGCCCAUUAGGUGUAUUAUGUUUUGAUGAAAUAACAUGAAAGUAGAGCAUUUCAUGAAAUCUAACUUGUCAAUUAUUGAAUCAUGUGAAACUUGCAAAGGCCUAUCAUUCAGAUCAAUUUUUUUACUCCCACGUUUCUGUUCUGAAGCGAAGUGACAUUUUGUAAUAUGGCAUCUAGAAUUUGCAGAAUGGUAAAGACAAUAAUCAUGUUUUUUAACAAUUAAUUAGUCAUACCUGUGGUUGACUUCAAAUUGUCUUACAUAGACCAAUGAGAAUCAUAGCUUUCAUCAAAAAAACAGCAGAUAUGAGUGUUUUCUUUAGGAAGCUAUGUUCUGUUGGAAGCACAGAUGCAUUUUUUCAGGCUUUUGCCUUAUUUCAGGCCCUGUCCCCUCUAUGUUACAGGCUUUAAAUUGUACAAUAUACACAAUUUAUUUUAAAUUAUGUAGGGCUUCAACAUGUCCGAGUCUCCCUUCAGACUCCAUAGGAGAAACCUGGUAACCUGUGCAAGUUUACAUUGCGUAAUUAUGCACAUUAUUAAAGGUUACUUACUACAUGCUCCCCAGGGAGUGGAGAAUGUGCAUACACUGGUGCAGUUAAGCCCGAGUCCGAUGACCAGGGUAAUACUGCGCCUAGAAACAAAGUAUUAGGUGCGUUAUAAAUGUGAUUUAUUAUUAUUAUUAUGUAUUGUUUUGCCCUGAAGUCAUAAUCUUAAAUGAAAUUGAGACAUGGUUCACUUGAGUCAAAGAUAUGCCAUGUAUAAUGAAAUAUUGGCAUUACUUGAAAUACAUGGGACAAGUAUGGAAUAAUGGUCUUUAAAGAAUUAGCCCAAGUAAUUCCCCCUCAAUGUUUAAAAUGUUCUUUUUUUAAAUCGAAAAUGGCAUCUUUGGAUUUUAUUAUUUUGUAAUUUGUGUCCUGUUGUGCCAGAUAUGAACAAUAAGUUUGUUUUCUGUUAUAGAAUGCAAACAUUUAUUUCGACUUUGAUAAGCAGACGUUCAUGAAGUUGGUUAACGUUUUUGCCACUUUCUUGGGGUUUUCUCCAUAAUGAUAGUCAUUGUGGUUAAACAGGUAUAAGUUUGUACCAAGUUUCAUCAUUUCCAUUUCUUUUUUUUUAUUGUAUUUUCCCCCAAUGUUGUACAUCUGCUAGAAUUUCUGCAAUUUUGUUUUAAAAAGGUCUUGCAUCCCUAUAUGCCAUAUGUGAAUACAUGUAAUUUCCAAUUAUAUAGCUUUUACAAAUUCUUUUCAUAGUCGUCUACAAUUAUGAUAGACUGAUGAACUGUAUUACAGUCAAAAUCAGUAAUGGCAAAGGGCCUGGAAAGUAUGACGGUGUACAUGUGUAAAUAUUGAUGUUAAUCACAUAGUAAACUUAAAUAUUGUACUGCAGAAUAUUGUAUUAGGAAAGUGAUGGCAGAAGAUUAUCUACCAUCAGAUAUAUGUAUCAUCUUAUCUACAUGUGAAAAUAAAAUAAAAAUGAAUCCAUGAUAAUGAUAA